UUGCCUGAAACCGAUCCAAGGCCCAACAAGGGCAAGAAAAUCUGCAUUUCGUGCGGUCUGAGGGUUCAUGUUAAUCCUUGAACUGCUUGACUCACAUGUUUGACUUUCCAAUCUGGAUUCCUCGAUAUACCCGCCCAUCCCCCCUCGAGAUUCGAAGUACUCAACACAUCUCACACUCCAUCCCGGUCCCCACACCUACACAGGUAGCUACAGUCAGAGGUAUGUGUUUGCAUGUGUUUUUUCGUUGUUUCAUUCCACAGCUUUGCUAUCUACGGUAUUCAUCCCGGCCGUGGCCGGAAACACACUAUCACCGACUUCUCUCCUGUGUGAGGUCCCUCGACCCGCCAGACCGAGGCGACACUGGGCGAUAUAUGCCGUGUUCCAGGGUACAUGGCUCGAAAUCACCAACAUCAACGCGGGAAUCAGGCCCAACACUGAAAGCCAUGGGGCAUGGUUUUGUGUCGGGAGACAGGAUGAUGCGCUGGACAAACCCACAGCAUCCGUGCUGUAACCCUGCACGUCUCGUGCUCCCUGCACCUACGUGGACGAUGUCGAGGACCGCGUCGCCCUGCCAGGACAAGGAUCUUCGGGAGGUGGUCUCCUCCCUCCCUUGGGAAGACCUUCCACCGCCGUGCUUGAAGUUUUCGGGGUCAUCCUGGAGAAGGCAUCCUGUGCCAUUUCCUGCCUGCGCGAAUCAACCGCGCGGCGUCAUACCCCUGCCAAGCUGUGGAUGCUCACACCUAUCUGGCCCCAUCGCCCACUGUCUCAGACUGCCGACUCCAACCACUCCUUCGUCGACGCCUUGAUUGAUUUAUUUAUUUGUUAGUCUCAUUCUCAUCUGAAUCCUAGUCCUGACCACGUCGCAGUUAGCAAUUCUGCAGUGUGACUUGGAAACUUACUGCACAAACGCCCGGUCCAUCCUGCGACUCUCUU